UACUUCUAGUAACAAUCUCUCUGUGGGAGAUCUCAUCAUUAUGUGGGGUUCCUCGGAGAAUGUGUUUGCGAGGUCGAGCUCCUUCAGGGAAAACGAAGACGACGAGGAGGCCCUCAGGUGGGCUGCAUUGGAGAGGUUGCCCACUUACAAUCGAAUCCGCAGAGGUUUCUUCAGGAACAUUCUUGGGGAAAUCUCAGAGGUCGAAGUGGGUGAGCUUCAACUCCAGGAACAGAAGCUUGUGCUGGAUCGUUUGGUCAAUGCCCUCGAUGAAGAUGCCGAGCACUUCUUUUCUAGGAUGCGUCAGAGAUUCGACGCAGUGGAUCUUGAAUUUCCAAAGAUUGAGGUUCGAUUUCAGAAUCUGAAAGUUGAUACACAUGUUCAUACUGGAAGCAGAGCAUUACCGACUAUUCCCAAUUACAUUUUGAAUAUGACUGAGGCUUUCCUAAGGCAAUUGAGGAUCUUUCCCGGCAGGAGAAAAAAGUUGUACAUUCUAGAUAACAUUAGUGGCAUUAUUAGGCCUUCAAGGCUGACACUACUAUUGGGUCCUCCAAGCUCUGGGAAGACGACAUUGCUUUUAGCACUUGCUGGACGGCUUGGACCUGGUUUGAAGAUGUCAGGGAAAAUUACGUACAACGGUCAUGGUCUAAAUGAGUUCGUUCCUCAGAGGACCUCUGCUUAUGUUAGUCAACAUGAUUGGCAUGUGGCAGAGAUGACAGUGAGGGAAACACUUGAGUUUGCUGGACGUUGUCAAGGUGUUGGGAUCAAAUAUGAUAUGCUUAUGGAGCUCUCACGAAGAGAGAAGAGUGCAGGGACAAAGCCUGAUGAAGAUCUUGACAUAUUCAUGAAGGCAUUAGCUUUGGGGGGACAGAAAACAAGCCUUGUUGUGGAGUAUAUUCUAAAGAUUUUGGGCUUGGACAUUUGUGCCGAUACACUGGUUGGUGAUGAAAUGCUCAAAGGGAUCUCUGGAGGACAAAAGAAGAGGCUUACCACAGGUGAAUUACUAAUAGGUUCAGCUAGAGUGCUGUUCAUGGAUGAGAUAUCAACUGGGCUUGAUAGUUCAACAACAUAUCAAAUAGUCAAGUAUCUCAGGCAUUUAACCUGUGCACUUGAUGGGACCACGGUCAUUUCCCUGCUGCAACCAGCUCCCGAAACUUACGAGUUGUUUGAUGAUAUUAUUCUCUUAUCUGAAGGCCAGAUUGUAUACCAGGGGCCACGUGAUGCUGUUCUUGACUUCUUUGCAUUCAUGGGUUUUUCGUGCCCUGAGCGGAAAAAUGUGGCAGACUUCUUGCAAGAAGUCACGUCUAAGAAAGAUCAAGAGCAGUAUUGGUCUGGUCAAGGUCGCAAUUACCAGUACAUAACUGUGAAAAAGUUUGCAGAAGCCUUCCGUUCAUUUCGUGUGGGUAAAAAUUUGUCAGAUGAACUAUCUGUUCCAUUUGAUAGACGUUAUAAUCAUCCGGCAGCUCUUUCAGUAACUAGGUAUGGUGGGACAAGGGUUGAGCUUCUCAAGACCAGCUUCUCCUGGCAGACACUACUGAUGAAACAGAAUUCAUUUAUCUAUGUUUUCAGAUUUAUACAGCUUCUCAUUGUUGCUCUCAUCACAAUGACAGUACUUUUUCGGACAACAAUGCACCGUAACACAGUUGAGGAUGGAGGCUUAUAUCUUGGGGCUUCGUACUUUUCCAUUGUUAUUAUUUUAUUUAAUGGGUUUACGGAGGUUUCUAUGUUGGUAGCCAAGCUUCCGGUGCUUUACAAGCAUAGGGACUUGCAUUUCUAUCCAUGUUGGGUGUAUACACUUCCUUCUUGGGUGUUAAGCAUUCCAAUUUCACUUGUAGAGACUGGUAUGUGGGUGGCAGUUACAUACUAUGUAGUUGGAUUUGAUCCACAAAUAACCAGAUUCCUUCAGCAGUUUCUGUUACUGUUCUUUUUGCACCAGAUGUCCACAGCACUAUUCCGUCUUAUGGCUUCCUUGGGUCGAAAUAUGAUAGUCGCAAACACCUUUGGAUCAUUUGCAAUGCUGGUUGUCAUGGCUCUAGGCGGUUACAUCAUUUCCAGAGAUAGCAUCCCUAGUUGGUGGAUCUGGGGUUACUGGUUUUCUCCUCUAAUGUAUGCUCAAAAUGCAGCUUCCGUAAACGAAUUUCAAGGGCAUUCCUGGGACAAGAGAGCUGGUACCAACGGUAAUAUAUCAUUGGGUGAGGUAUUAUUGAAAGCACGCAGUUUAUUUACAGAGAGUUACUGGUAUUGGAUUGGUGUGGGUGCUUUGCUCGGGUAUACAAUUUUAUUUAAUAUCCUCUUCACAUUCUUCUUGACUUACCUAAAUCCUCUGGAGAAGCGACAGGCUGUUGUUUCUAAGGAAGAGCUCCAAGAGAGGGACCAAAGGGGGAAAGGUGAACCUGUUGUCAUUGAACUGAGGGAGUAUUUGCAGCACUCAUUCUCUUAUACUGGAAGGAAUGGUAAAGAGCAAAGAGGCAUGGUUCUUCCAUUUCAGCCUCUUUCAAUGGCUUUCAGAAAUAUCAGUUACUAUGUUGAUGUGAAUGUGGAAUUGAAGCAGCAAGGCAUCCUGGAAGACAAAAUGCAGCUGUUGGUCAAUGUUACUGGAGCAUUUAGGCCAGGGGUGCUCACUGCAUUGGUCGGAGUCAGCGGUGCUGGUAAAACUACCCUCAUGGAUGUUUUAGCUGGUAGAAAAACUGGCGGGCUCAUAGAAGGAAGCAUUUACAUCAAUGGUUAUCCCAAAAGGCAAGAAACAUUUGCGAGGAUAUCUGGUUACUGUGAGCAGAGUGAUGUCCAUUCCCCCUGCUUAACCGUUUGUGAGUCACUUAUUUAUUCUGCUUGGCUUCGGUUACCCUCUCAUGUCGACCUGGAGACACAAAGGGCUUUUGUGGAAGAGGUGAUGGAACUCGUAGAACUCACUCCAUUGAGUGGGGCCCUGAUUGGUCUACCCGGGGUUGAUGGGUUGUCUACAGAGCAACGGAAAAGGUUGACAAUCGCUGUAGAACUUGUUGCCAACCCUUCUAUUGUCUUUAUGGACGAACCAACUUCAGGAUUGGAUGCUAGGUCUGCAGCCAUUGUAAUGCGAACUGUGAGAAAUAUUGUCAAUACUGGACGGACCAUUGUGUGCACAAUCCAUCAACCAAGCAUCGACAUUUUUGAAUCUUUUGAUGAGCUUUUACUUAUGAAGCGUGGAGGGGAGCUCAUUUAUGCUGGUCCACUUGGAACCAAAUCCUACAAGCUUAUUAAAUAUUUUGAGGCAGUUGAAGGAGUGGCUAAGAUCAGGCCAGGUUAUAACCCUGCUACUUGGAUGCUGGAGGCUACUUCCACAUCUGAAGAAAGUCGGAUUGGUGUGGAUUUUGCUGAAGUUUAUCGAAGAUCUAAUCUAUUCCGGCAGAACAGUGAGUUGGUUGAAAACCUGAGUAAACCAAAUACUGAUUCAAAAGAUUUAAGCUUUCCAAGAAAAUAUUCCCAGUCAUUUUUUGCACAGUUUCUAGCUUGUCUUUGGAAGCAAAAUCUAUCCUAUUGGAGAAAUCCGCAAUACACAGCUGUUCGAUUUUUCUACACCGUCAUAAUCUCUUUGAUGUUUGGAACAAUUUGUUGGAAGUUUGGUUCGAAAAGGGAGACCAAUCAGGAUAUCUUUAAUGCUAUGGGGUCCAUGUAUGCAGCAAUCCUGUUUAUUGGGAUUACCAAUGCUACUGCUGUUCAACCUGUGGUCUCCGUUGAAAGGUUUGUUUCUUACCGAGAGAGAGCAGCAGGGAUGUAUUCAGCUCUUCCUUUUGCAUUUGCCCAGGUUGCCAUCGAGUUACCUUAUGUGUUGGUGCAAACACUUAUUUACGGAAGCUUAUUCUAUUCAAUGGCCUCAUUUGAGUGGGCCCUUUUGAAGUUCAUUUGGUACAUAUUCUUUAUGUACUUCACUUUGUUAUAUUUUACAUAUUACGGGAUGAUGACAACUGCAAUCACACCCAACCAUAAUGUAGCAGCAAUCAUAGCUGCGCCAUUUUAUAUGAUGUGGAAUCUAUUCAGUGGUUUCAUAAUUCCUCGCAAGCGGAUACCUAUCUGGUGGAGAUGGUAUUACUGGGGAAACCCCAUAUCCUGGAGUCUUUAUGGCCUUCUGGCAUCUCAAUAUGGUGACGUGUAUGAACCCAUGAAGCUUACCGGCACAGGCCAUUCUAUUCCCAUAAAACAGUUUCUUGAAGACCAGUUUGGCUACAGGCAUGAUUUCUUGGGGAUUGCCGGUAUUGUUGUUGUUGGCUUCGGUGUUAUCUUUGCAAUGAUUUUUGCUUUUGCAAUCAAAUCUUUUAACUUCCAAAGGAGAUGACAAAGUGGAGUCCUACAGACUGCAAUAUAUACUAGAUUGCUACAACAGUUACAACAUGACAGAUA